GUGGAGAAACUACGUCCAGACCGAGAACGGCCCAGUAAGUGUAUCGCCCGAGCUCCACCGAAGCGGGUGUUUCUGCUGGCGAGUCCCGGAUACUGACUCGAAAAUGGCCCUCAUUGAACAAGGGAACAGUGCUCCUCCAGAAAACUGCCACCGACUCGUGAUCCUGGGCUCCUCCAAAGUAGGCAAGACGUCCAUAGUUUCUCGCUUCUUGUACAGCAAGUUUGACGAUAACUAUACACCAACUAUUGAAGACUUCCAUAGGAAGAUCUACCGGAUUAAAGGCAACCCUUAUCGUCUUGAUAUUUUGGAUACAUCUGGCAACCAUCCUUUCCCUGCAAUGAGAAGGCUGUCGUUGAUAACAGGUGACCUCUUCAUCCUGGUGUACAGUAUAGACAAUCGAGAGUCCUUUGAGGAAGUAUGCCGCCUGAAGGAACAGAUCUUGGAAUGCAAGAGGCAGUGCAGAACCAGGAAGGCCAUGAAGCUACUCAAUAUCCCCAUGGUGGUCGUGGGAAACAAGUGUGACAAGGAAAAGGACAGGGUCAUUGAUCCCAGAGAGGUGGCCAAGCUUCUGGAGGGACAAGACAGCAGUGACUAUCUGGAAACCUCAGCAAAGAAGAACAUCAACAUUGAUGAUGUGUUUUUCAGACUCUUCCAGACAGCUAAACUCCCCACCGAGAUGAGUCCAUCCUUACACAGGAAGGUCCAUCCGACCUAUGUUGGUCAAGGUGGAUCGCCAACAGGAGGAAGGAUGAUGUCCAUUCGGAGGAAGAUGAGUGAUGCUUGCGGGGCUGUUGCACCUAAUGUAAGGAGGCCCAGUAUUAGAACAGAUCUGUUGGUGGCACAGAGUAGAACAAAUACCCAGAAAACUACUGCAGAUAAACCAGAGCCAAUUGUAGCGGCGGCAGCAGCAGCAGCAGCAGCAGAAACAAAGUGUGUGAUACAGUGAAAUGUAGGACCUUGUUUUGUUAGCGCUUUGAUCCAAAAGCAGAAUGAGCACUUUAUAUUAUGUGCACAUGUCAUACCAAAACAUUGAGACAUUGAUGUGGUGGUCAUCAACUCUUGUUCAAGGACUUUCAAGAAUGUGUGAUAUUCCACAGGAGUAAUAAAAGACCGAGGUCAUGUGUGUCGAGGACUUCCCUGAUGAAGAACCUAAUUCAAACAUUAAUACCAAUUUACACAUUGCUUGACUACAGCGUGUGAUAAUAUACCUGCGAACAACUGUUAAUGUCGUUGAAUAGUUAGGACUAUGAAAGUCUGAAUAACUGAAUGAGAGCACAGUUAACCUUCCCAAGAGCCACACAUGCAGUGAGACCUCGUUAUCUUGAGUCCGGGUGUAAGGGAAUGUUCUGGUAACAGCUGUAUGGUAUUGAAGUGAUAUCAAUACUCUUCUUGUCCCGAAACCCGUUAUCUCAAAUAUGUAACUGUACGGUUGCGGUGGUAUCUUUUUUCAUCAGUACGGUAUAAUAUCUAUACUCUGCUUCUCUCGAACCCCGUUGUGCCAAAUAUGUAACUUACGGUUAUGAUAAUAUCCUUAUCAUCGGCAUGGUAUAAUGCCGAUACUCUGCUUGUCUCGAACCCCGUUUCCCAAAGAUGUAACUUACGGUUAUGAUAAUAUCCUUAUCAUCGGCAUGGUAUAAUGCCGAUACUCUGCUUGUCUCGAACCCCGUUUCCCAAAGAUGUAACUUACGGUUAUGAUAAU